AUGAGCUGGUGGUGGCUCGGAGCGGUUGGCGCUACAAGGAGAAAACUAGGAGAACAUGUCGAGGCACCAAAAACUCACAAAAGCGUCGGCAUAAUUGUUGGCGUCACCGGCAUCGUCGGCAGCAGUGUAGCUGAAAUCCUCCCUGACACCGACACCCCCGCUGGUCCAUGGAAGCUCUACGGCAUCGCAAGCGGACCGCGGCCAUCUUGGGCCGCCGACCACCCAGUAGAAUACAUCCAGUGCGACAUUUCCAACUCUGACGAAACUGCCGCCAAGCUCUCACGCCUCACCGACGUGACCCACAUCUUCUACGUCACAUGGACCAACAGAGAAACUGAGGUCGAAAAUUGCAGAGUCAAUGGAGCCAUGCUUCGCAACGUACUCGAAACUCUGAUCCCAAACGCACCGAAUCUCAGUCAUGUUUGCCUCCAAACCGGAUCCAAACACUACACCGGACCAUUUGAACUUUCCGGCAAGAUCCAACCGCCUGAUCCACCUUUCACCGAAGACAUGCCAAGAUUAAACGUCCAAAAUUUCUAUUACGUCCAAGAAGAUAUACUGUUUGAACAGAUGUCUAAGAAAGAAGGCAUAACAUGGUCUGUCCACAGACCCGAUGCGAUCUUCGGCUUCUCUCCUGUCAGCAAGAUGAACAUCAUUUGUACCCUUUGCGUUUACGCUACAAUUUGUAAGCAUGAGCAUAAACCCUUGAAAUUUCCUGGGACUAAAACGGCUUGGAACUGUUAUUACAACUCUUCGGACGCGAAUUUGAUUGCAGAGCAUCAUAUAUGGGCAGCUGUGGAUCCAUAUGCGAAGAAUGAACCAUUUAACAUCGUUAAUGGCGAUGUGUUCAAGUGGAAGCACUUGUGGAGGGUGCUGGCUGAGCAGUUUGGUGUGGAGCCUGUGGAGUUUGAGGAGACAGAAAGGCCAGUGAGGUUGACGGAGAUGAUGAAGGACAAGGGCCCGGUGUGGGAUGAGAUUGUGAGAGAGAAUGGGUUGGUGCCGACGAAGUUGGAGGAGAUUGGGGCGUGGUGGUUUGCGGAUUUGAUUUUGAGUACGGAGGGUAUGUUGUCGAGCAUGAAUAAGAGCAAAGAGCAUGGGUUUUUGGGGUUUAGGAACACCAAGAAAUCGUUUGUCUAUUGGACAGACAAAAUAAGAGGUUACAAAAUAGUUCCUUGA